AUUCUGAACUGGAAACCAGACUACUAAAGUAUUUGGUUUGAAGCUUUCUCGUUGCUAAUAAACGGCUUCAGCUUAAUUAUAAAUCUUUUUGAGAAGUUAUUACUUUUUUGAAUAUUUCUUAAAUAUAUUUAAAAUAUAGUCUUUUGAAAUCAGAAAAUCAUACAGAAAUACUUUCUUUAUUUGAAAGAUUAGCCUAUUUCCGUUGAUAAUUUUUAUUUCAACUUAUUAAAGUUGGAAAGACCAUGGCAGUGUAUUUCGAUCACAAGCUUCAAGAUGCUCCCAUGGGCCAUCAUACUUUGAUGGAAUGGCACAAAACUUACCCGAUCUUAGCUUUGGCUUCUGAUACUCAACAAGCCAAAGGCUGUCUGACAUUUUAUAAAGAAGAUGGAGAAAAACUAAGUAAUGCAAAUAUUCAGAGAACCAUUCCUCUAACAGCAACAUCAUGGCACCCUAUUAAGAAAGUUCUGGCUGUUGGAUGGGAAAAUGGCACAGUCACAAUUUAUAGUUUAGAAGAGCAACCUCAAGUUAUUAAUGAAAAUCCUCCAGUGCAUUCUAGUACUAUAAAUUUUGUACAAUGGUCAUCUAAUGGGUCAAAAUUAAUAUCAGCAGACGCCACUGGAGAAGUUUGUGUUUGGAAAGCUGACUCCAGAGGCCGAUUGCAGCAUAAUCCUAUGCGAAAACAGCAAUUGCAUGAACCUAUUUCACAUUGCAUUUUGAGACCUUCUGUAUCAGUUGAUGCCACCAAUAACAUAGCCGCUCUUGCUCGGGCUGCUGUAAGCGGGGACGAGAAAGCUUUGGAUAUGUUCAAUUGGAAACCGAAAGGCAAAGCUACCCCAAAAGUAAGCUCAAAUAUGCUGCCGACAGGUGAAGCAACAACAUUCUUUUUGGGAGGCGAUCAAGGGGGUGUUUAUUAUGUAAAUGAAGAGGCGGAAAUUUCACAAUCGUUUAGCACUGAAGGAGGAGUACGGAAGUUGAUGUUUUACGAAGAUAAAAGCAUUCUGGUAACAAUAACGACAAAUUCUAUGCUACUACAGCAUAAUGUUAAUCCUGACGGCGAAUGUCGGGAAGUAAUAAAAGUAAAAUUAAGUGGCAAAUCAGAUGACCCAGAUUUCACUUGGGCAGGUAGUGGAAUUUUAGCUACAGCAACAGGAGAAUCUGUUAUAAGGAUGUGGGACAUGGAACAUGAGGAAAAUUUUGUGCUCUCUUUAGAUGGAAAUACUGCUUUUGAGCCUGGAGAGAAAAUAUUUUGCGUGGCAUUCUGUGAAUCAAAACAAAUUUUGGCAGCUGGAACCGGUUCAGGCCACAUAGCCUUGUUUAAACAUAAACCAGUUCAUUCUUCAUCACAAAUGAAUAGAGUAGAUCCCGAGACCUGUUGGCAUCAUCAAUCACCCUGCUCUUUAUCAGGAUAUAUCACAAAAAUUCUUUGGGGUUCAAACAAACUCCUCUUAGCUGCCAAUUUGCUAGAGUCAGUUUACAUAAUGAAUGAGCAGAUCCUUCAGGCUCAUUGCAAUCAGCAGACAGCAGCUGUUCAAAGCGGUCCGAUGAAGCUUUCGGUUGAAUUUUUCAGUACAAAACGCUAUCAAGAGUUAAAUACUGAUAUCCAAAUAACUGGAAUAUUUACAACAAAAGAGAAUAUUGCAAUUUGGAAUGGAAAAAAAUUAGUUAUUUAUGAAAUUUCCUCAGAUUCAAAUAUAUCAGCUGCAGGAACCUUUUCAACUGAUAGUCCUAUUGCUUGUCUCUUUGAACAAAAUGUAUAUACGUUAGAAACGGGAAAAGUACAAGUACGAACUUAUCAAGGAACGGUUAAACAACUACUAAAUUUCACAGAAUCAGAUGGAGAUCCCACUUAUAUACAAAUUUGCAACAAUUAUUUAGUAGCCGCCUCUGCUGUAGGAACCGUUAAAAUUUAUGACUUAUCGAGAAGAGAAGCAAAACAGAUCGCAUCCAAGAAUAUUGCAGAUAUGAUUGCAAAUUUCGGUUGUAUUCAGUCGGCAAAAUGUAAUUCUAAUGCAAGCCAAAUCAGUAUCAUAGUAAAUAAAGCAACUGGCGCUCUUGUUGACUCAAAGCUUUAUGUCUAUGACGUGGAAUUAGACAAAUUGACCUAUUUUAACUUUGAAACUGGCAGAUGUGAAUCAGAAGAUAUACUAGAGGAAAAUAACGAUGAAUCAGAGGAGGAGAUAUCUGCUGUGGAGAGAGGGCGAAAAGAGGCUGCUAGAGAUAUAAGAGGACGCCUUCCAAUUUCACAUUACUGGGAUAACAACGAAUCGAGAUUAUUAGUUUGCGAAGCAAAAAUAUCAGGGUCAACAGAUAAAAAACAAAAUGAACAUACGCGUACAACAAUUUCUCUUACUAAACCAACGGUAUCAGAAGUUGAAGAGAUAAUGGUUGUAUCUUUGUUUGUUACACAAGAUCAUGGGGUUAUUAUUCAAGACAGUUUUCCUCUAGCCGGUGAUUGCAGUUCACUAUUUGGUAUUGAUGUACCUUAUUUCUAUUUUAUAAAAAAGCAAAGCGAUGCUAGACCAGCUACUAGGAAGGUAAUGAGAGAUUUUAUUGGUUUAGAAGAUGCCGAUAAAGUUGCAAGGGAUGCAAUGAUGAAUUUCAGUUUCUAUCUGACACUGGGAAAUAUGGAUGAGGCUUUUAAAGCUAUAAAACUUAUAAAAAGUGAAACUGUAUGGGAAAAUAUGGCAAAAAUGUGUGUUAAAACAAGACGACUGGAUGUGGCUGCCGUUUGUCUUGGUAACAUGAAUCAUGCUAGGGCUGCUAGAAUGCUUAGAAAAGCUGGAGGACACGGAGAAUUAGAUGCUAGAGUCGCUAUGUUAGCUAAUCAGUUAGGUUUAACUGAUGAAGCAGAACGCCUAUUGCGAAAUUGCAAGAGAUAUGAUCUUUUAAAUGAGAUGUAUCAAGCCAAUGGUCAAUGGCAUAAAGCUAUUGAAACGGCCGAGACUUGCGAUAGAAUGCAUGCAAGAUCAACUUAUUUCAACUACGCGAAACAUCUAGAGUCAAAAGAGAAUAUUGAUGCAGCCAUAGGCAAUUACGAACGAUCAGACACGCAUCGUUUUCAAGUUCCAAGAAUGCUCUUUGAUGAUCCGAGACAGCUUGAAACCUAUAUAAUGAAGCGCAAAGAUCGAACAUUACGGAAAUGGUGGGCACAGUAUAUGGAAUCAACAGGGGAGAUGCAAACAGCUUUAGAAUUUUAUGAAGCUGCCGGAGAUGUUUUAUCUUUAGUAAGAGUUUCAUGCUAUUGCGGUGAUUUAAAGAAAGCCGCUGAAAUAUGUCAGCAAACAGGCGAUAAGGCUGCGUGUUUUCAUCUUGGUAGACAAUAUGAGAUGAAUGAGGAAAUAAAAGAAGCAAUACACUGGUUUGGCAGAGCAAGAGCUUUUGGUAAUGCCAUUCGUUUAUGUCGUGAAGCAGGUAUGGAAGAUCAGUUAAUGAACUUGGCGCUUAUGGCGAAGCCUCACGAUCAAAUAGAAGCAGCUAGAUAUUAUGAACAACAACCUAACGGGGCGGAGAAAGCUGUAAUGCUCUAUCACAAAGCUGGACACGUAAGCAAGGCACUUGAUCUGGCCUUCAACACAAAACAAUUUGCUGCUCUUCACAUGAUAUCUGAACAGUUAGAAGAUUGUAGUGAUCCCCAUGUUCUUCAGCGAUGUGCUGACUUUUUCCUUGAAAAUGAACAGUACGAUCGGGCUGUGGACCUCUUGGCGUCAGCUAAAGACUACAAGAAAGCUAUUAGGUUGGUUCGUGAACAGCAUGUGCCAGUUAAUGAAGAAUUAGUUGAAAGACUCACUCCUCCAAAACCGGAGACGGCCGAUAGCGAAUGGAAUAGGUCACUUGAAGAUGUAGCCGAUAUUUGCAUGCAACAGAGACUUUACCAUAUAGCUACGAAAAAAUUUACACAAGCAGGAAAUCGUGUUAAAGCUAUGAAAGCAUUACUUAAAUCUGGAGAUACAUCUAAAAUUAUUUUCUUUGCAAAUGUGUCAAAGCAAAAAGAAAUUUACAUAAUGGCCGCAAAUUAUUUACAGUCUCUGGACUGGAGGCGUGACGCCGAGAUUAUGAAAAAUAUAAUAACUUUUUACACAAAGGGCCGUGCACUUGAUUCACUUGCCUCUUUUUACGAUGCCUGCGCUCAGGUUGAAAUGGAUGAGUAUCAAAAUUAUGACAAAGCUCUUGGAGCAUUAGCUGAAUCUUAUAAAUGUCUGGUAAAAGCAUCUGAAAAAGGCGAAGGAAUGCUUGAAGAUCGUUUGUCAGACACUAAGCAACGUCUCACUAUAGUUAAAAAAUUUGUAACCGCAAGAAACUCAUACGAAGAAGAUGCUGAUUCUUCUAUUAAAACCUGUCAGAGUAUUUUGGAAGAACCUAGGGUUCAGGAAGCUGUAAGAAUCGGAGAUGUGUUUGCUUUUAUGGUUGAACAUUUUGCAAGAAGAGAAAAAUGGAAAGCGGCGUAUUCAUGCGUUGAGGAAUUUCUCUCUCGUGAACGGAAAGCUAAAUUAAACUUUUAUAUUCAACCCAAGCUACUAGAAGCUGUUUGUAAAGCAGUUGGAAAGCCUGUGCCAAGGACGGAAGCAUCCCACGCUCAAGUUUCCAGCGAAGCUGUUGACGAUGGCGAAGAAAUUGCUGACGAAGUGGAAGAAGAUGUACCCUCUUUUCUCUAA